AGUAGGGACUGUCCAGACCAACACCACCACAAAAUGGCCAGCGCGUUACUUGUAUGGGGUGCAGUAGCAGUAGGCAUCGCACAAGGUUUAGACAGCCCAGAGAGCCACAGACAGAAGAGACAGCUCACCAACUCCUUCGACCUGCCUGCCACAACAGAGGAAUUAUGUCUCAACAAAGGCAGCGAGGAGUUUUUCCGUCUACCUGAUUUUAAUGAUUGUCGGGAUGUGUUCAGGUGCGACAGGGGCGGGGUGAACGGGCCUAUCCGCCUGGCAGCUGUGCGAUGUCCGACGGGUCUGGUCUUUGACGUGGACAGGCAGGUGUGCGACUGGAAGCGACGCGUCAAGAACUGCGACAAACUGGAGAAGCCGCCCAAGCCCAAGCCACUGUUCAACACGGACGAACCAAUCUGUCCAGCGAAACAACUAGCCUGCGGAGACGGCCUCUGCCUCGCCAAGGAACUCUUUUGUGACGGAAACGUCGACUGUGAUGACGGGUCCGACGAGAACGCUUGCAGUGUGGACGAGGACCCCAACAGUGCUCCCGAGUGUGACAAGCAGCAGUGUGUUCUACCUGACUGUUUCUGUUCGUCCGACGGCACGAGGAUCCCCGGCAACCUAAACCCGACAGACACGCCCCAGAUGAUCACUAUGACCUUCUCGGGCGCCAUCAACAUAGACAACGUGGACCUUUACCAGGAACUUUUCAACGACGAACGGAAGAAUGCUAACGGGUGCCAGGUGAAGGCCACCUACUUCGUCUCCCACAGGUACACCAACUACUCCGCUGUCCAGGAGCUCCAUCGUAAAGGUCAUGAAAUCGCGGUGUUUUCCAUCAGUAACCACGAUGACCCUGACUACUGGACUUACGGCAACUACGACGACUGGCUCACCGAGAUGGCCGGCGCCAGGCUCAUCAUCGAGAGGUUCGCCAAUAUCACCGACAACUCAAUCAUCGGGGUCCGUGCGCCGUACCUGAGGGUUGGCGGCAACACCCAGUUCGAAAUGAUGACUGAUCAGCUGUUCAUCUACGAUGCUUCCAUCACGGCCCCGCUGAGCAGUGUGCCUCUCUGGCCCUACACCAUGUACUUCAGAAUGCCACAUAAGUGCCACGGCAACGCUCAGAACUGUCCUUCCAGGUCCCAUCCAGUCUGGGAGAUGGUCAUGAACGAGCUCGACCGUCGGGACGACCCCGCCUUCGACGAGAGACUCCCUGGUUGCCACUUCGUCAGCUCGUGUACCAACAUCCGUACCGGGGAACAGUUAGCCCAUUUCCUGGAACACAACUUCAAUCGUCACUACAACACCAACCGCGCGCCUCUGGGCCUCCACUUCCACGCCGCCUGGCUAGAGAGCAACAAGGAUUUCAAGAAAACCCUCAUCAAGUUCAUAAACGAGAAAACCUCCCAGAACGACGUUUAUUUCGUCAAUCUACUGCAAGUGAUCCAGUGGAUGCAGAACCCCACAGAAAUCGCCGCCAUUAAGGACUUCGCCGAGUGGAAGGAGAAGUGUGACGUGAAGGGUCUUCCACAUUGCUCUCUGCCCAACUCCUGCGGCCUCAAGAGCCGAGAACUCCGGGGCGACACCCACAACCUCUUCACCUGCAUGGACUGCCCUCGCAACUACCCCUGGCUCCUUGACCCCACCGGCGACGGCCUCGACCUCGUGUAAACCUACAAAAUGAUCAUGCUGAGACAGUCACAACUACUGGCUGCCACACCCACAGGAGACAAAACCCCCGGUCGUGUUGUAAUGAUCCCCCCCCCCCUCCCAAUGUGGUUCAUCCCAACCCAAUCAGUAUAGAAUCUAGUCCUUUAUUGAGGGGCCUGGUGCCUGAUCCAUUCAUUGUUCACACACCUACCUAAUACCUCCCCCACACUCCGGUACACUGAACAACUUUGCACUUUCGCAUGAACUGUUUACUGGUGAAUGUUCCCAAGAGGUUUGGAGUUUAUUUACUGUCACAUGAACACAAGACUCAAACCUGUUGUUAUUGUACUGUACUGUCAGCCCAAACCCAGACACUUUCACAAUAAAACACCUUUCACUACACUCACAGUCAGUCACACUAGCUUAGUCUUUUAUUCACGUCGUACUACAGUUCCCAUUUCCUUAAUUAUGUAUUAAUUCUCUCUUCCUUACCACUAAGUUCAUCAUCUUUUUCCACCCUUUUUCUUUUCUCCUUCUUUUCUUUAUUAAUUUGAAAUAUAUUCUCUCUCUCUCUCUUGAUCUAUUUCACUUACUUUCUCUUCGCCUUUUCCUCCAUUCCACUCUCUCGGAUCAUCAAUAUUUCUGCACUUCCUUCCUUACAUAUUCCUUCUCUCUCCUCUCACCAUUGUUCCCAUUUUUCUCCCUUUGACUCUUAUCGUCUUUCACUUCUCCUACUCCCUUAACCUUUCCCUCUCGCCUUCAUCUCUCACUCAUCUCCUAAGACGCGUCAUUCUCUCUCAUACGUCUCUCACUCUCUAUCUUCUCCCUCACCUACCUCCCUUUCUCCACCCUCACCUCUCACCUUAUA